AUGGAUAGCCGCAGCACUGCACGACCAAACCCGGAGCACAGUACCACCGUCGACUCGGACGACGAGGCAGAUGUCUACGAUUGGACGGCGUCGCGUGUGCCCAACAGCCAGGACGAGGCGCGGCCUCGAAAGGAUCCCACCCGGAAUGGAUCUAAACAGGCCCAGAACGGCAACGAGGGGGAAGACGAGGCGCAUUACGAAGCAGCUGGACCGGGCGAAGGAGACUCCUCGGACGAUUUGCCUGAGGACGGACAUAUGCCUCACCCAUUCUAUCACUAUGCGGCGGAGAAGCGAGACACUUUCGCCGACUCCAAACUCAUCUAUCAACGCCACCGGAUGGACACCAAGUCCGAAAAGGAACUAGGAAGCCCCUUGCUGUUGAGCAAGUCCUACACUAUGCCCGUUGGUGCGAUGGAUGGAGAGGCCGCGGCCCUGCACCGUACGCCCAGCACGACGUCGAGACAAUCGCGGCUCAGCCAACGGGGCAAUGCUCCCAGUGGCAUCCAACUCGCCCGUGCCAAGGAUUCGAUGCCUUCUUUGCAAACGCAAGUGGGCAAUCUCCAGGACAUUCGCCCGGACCCGACCCUGCUCGCUGACGCUGCUGCACGAGACCAUAAGCGCCACCCAGGCCUCCCUCACGAGUUCAAGGACCCCUUGCUGGCCCACGAGGGCAUGCACGGUGCUGGUGCCGGUAUGGGGCUAGGAAGCGGACCCGGCGGACUCGCUCCCAGCGAGGAGAGCGUCGUCAGCGAAGUGCGUGCCAUCUGUGACAAGAUAAAGACGGUGCUCGAUCUACGGCAGAAGUAUUUGAAGAUCUCGCUGCAAUGUCCCGGCGACAACCCGAAAGACGACGAGAACUGGGAGAUAUACCCGCCCCCACCGAAUCCCGUUUGGAACGAGCACAAAGCUCGUGAACAGCCCCCAGACUACAUUGCCCCGAACAGCACCUCGAGCAGUCUGUACAUGGCGGACCUGAAGGCGCGGAACGCUAGCGGGGCCGAUCUGGAGACCUGGGCCAGCAACGUCAGCCAGGCCGACUCGGAACGGGGGGCGCCGCCAUCGCCGACAAGCGUCAAGAAGGCUCGCAAGCAGGGCCAUGACGUCGGGGAAGAUUUCGACCUCAACGAAUGUAUAAUCCCCGGACGGCAGGCAAAGAGCCUUCACUACGAGAUGGACGCCGGGAGUGUCUUUCAGGUGUAUGGCACCGACGGGAAACCGCUGGUCGAAGUGCCCACGUUGAGGGACUACUUCGUGGCACUGGACACGAUCCUGGACAUCGCGUCCGACGGGCCCGCCAAGAGCUUCGCCUACCGCCGCCUACAAUACCUUGAGGGACGGUACAGCCUGUACACGCUGCUGAACGAGUACGAAGAAGUGGCCGACACGAAAAAGGUGCCGCACCGAGACUUUUACAACGUCCGCAAGGUCGACACGCACGUGCACCACUCGGCGUGCAUGAACCAGAAGCACCUGCUGCGGUUCAUCAAGAGCAAGAUGAAGAAGUGCCCCAACGAGGUGGUCAUUGAGCGGGACGGCAAGCAGCUGACCCUGAAGGAGGUGUUUGACAGCAUCAACCUCACGGCGUACGAUCUGAGCAUCGACACGCUCGACAUGCACGCGCACACCGACUCGUUCCAUCGCUUCGACAAGUUCAACCUGAAAUACAACCCGAUCGGGCAGUCGCGGCUCCGCGACAUCUUUCUGAAGACCGACAACUUCAUCAAGGGUCGCUACCUGGCCGAGAUCACAAAGGAAGUCAUUACGGAUCUGGAGUCGAGCAAGUACCAGAUGGUUGAAUGGCGCAUCAGCAUCUACGGCCGCAGCAUCAAGGAGUGGGACACGUUGGCCAGCUGGGUGGUGGACAACAAGCUCUUCUCGCACAACGUGCGGUGGCUGAUCCAGAUCCCGCGGCUGUAUGCGCUGUACAAGUCGCUCAAGACGGUGGACAACUUCGAGCAGCUCCUCCGGAACAUCUUCGCGCCGCUGUUCGAGGUGACGCAGGACCCGUCGACGCAUCCGAAGCUGCACGUCUUCCUCCAGCGCGUGAUCGGGUUCGAUAGCGUCGACGACGAGAGCAAAGUGGAGCGCCGGCUGUAUCGCAAGUUCCCCACCGCGCGCGAAUGGGACACCAAGCAGAACCCGCCCUACGGGUACUGGAUCUACUACUUGUUCGCGAACAUGACGUCCCUCAACGCGUGGCGCAAGCGGCGCGGGUUCAACACGUUCCUCCUGCGCCCGCACUGCGGCGAGGCCGGCGACACGGACCACCUGGCCGCGGCGCUGCUGUGCUCGCACAGCAUCAGCCACGGCAUCACGCUGCGCAAGGUGCCGCUGCUCCAAUACAUUUUCUACCUCGAGCAGAUCGGCGUGGCCAUGUCGCCGCUGAGCAACAACGCCCUGUUUCUCACGUACGACCGCAACCCCUUCAUCAGCUACUUCAAAAAGGGCCUCAACGUGUCCCUAUCGACCGACGACCCCCUGCAGUUCGCGUUCACCAAGGAGCCCCUGAUCGAGGAGUACAGCGUCGCGGCACAGAUCUACAAGCUCAGCGCCGUCGACAUGUGCGAGCUGGCCAAACACUCGGUCGACCAGUGCGGGUUCGAACUCUCGCUCAAGCAGCGCUGGCUGGGCAAGUACUGCUACCUGCCGGGCGUGCUGGGCAACGACGUGGCCAAAUGCAACGUGCCGGACGUGCGCGAGGCGUUCCGCCACGAGACCCUCAAGGCCGAGCACGCCUUCAUCGCAAAGUACACAAACGACUACUGCCACUACGACCGGUGCACGCCGGACUUGCCUGUCCCUGCCUCCACAGACCCCACCACCCCCGUGGACGAAGCGGCGUAUCGAGGACUCGAGAGCCCGCGCCAGUACUACGCCACCAUGGCCGUCAGCGCUGCUGACCACUCGAUCGCCCCGGCGCAGCAGGCCCGCGAACGCGAGCGCGAGGCCGCCCUGCUCUCCAAAUCCGUGUCGCAUUCGAACUUCACUGCCGCCCAGGGUCAGGCCAAUCCAGGGGGAAGUGGCGGUGGCGGAAACGUCUCGCCCACCCGGCCGCGCCGCACGUCCUCCAUCCACGCGCUGUACCAUGCCGCGUCGACCCCAGCGGUGGACGCGCACAUCUCGGGCCAGGAACCGCGCGCGUUCCCGGGUCUCGUGCACCAGCGCGAGAGGCGGCGGAGUCUGCGCGUCGGGUCCGGCAACUCGGAUGGCACGCAGCAUUCGAGCGAUAUGACGUCGAGUUUGCACUUAGAGCCCGGGCUGGCCAAGAUUACGCUCAAGGAGGAUAAGGAGAUGAGUGAGAUGGAGGAUGACGCGGAGUGA